AUGCCAUGGACCCAGCGCCUGCAGCGUUGCCGGUGUGUCAAGUGCUGUUGGCAGUCGAGGGCAGCUGGCACCGCAAGUCUUCCAGUUGCACAGGGUCUUGAAGGAGCAGAGAUAUUGAUUUCGCGCCAGCGACCAGAGAGGUUCGUCCAUGAAGGGCUCCUGAAUCAGCUUCGGCUUGCUGCUACUGCUCAACGGUUCAAUUCGGUGGAAUGGCGCCGUCUUCGCCCGCAACUACCACAGGCCGCGCCGCAGUUGCGACCAUCCGAGCUGGCCCUAACUCUUCAGGGCCUGGCAGCCCUUCGAAGUGUGGAAACUCCCUACAUAGAGCCAGUCUUGGACGCAGUUCAGCAACUGGCGAGCUACAUGAAUCCUGAGAAUUUUGUAGACUGUAUGGUUGCUUUGGCAACAUUGCAGACACCACAGGCCAAAGAUGCUGUGGAUGCCUUGGUUCGAGGUACUUCCGAAUCUUCCGAGCUUCACACGUUGCAGCGGGGUCAAGUCAUGGGAUGCUUGGAGGCGCUUGUCCAGUUGAAUCAUCCCUCGGAGAAGAUGUUACAGGCUUUGCUACAAGAGAUGCCAAGUGCUUGGAAAAUGACCGCAGAGGAGCUGCUUCGCACGCUACGGCUGAUGAAAGGAGUCACUGAAAUUUCAAAGUCACACAAAGUCCUGGACAUGAUGUGUUUAGCCCUUGCAGAUGCUACGGGGGCGCUGCGAAGCCGUUUGCGGGGGCAGGAGCAACUUCCCACUGUGAAACUGGUGGAAGCCUUCAUGCUCUGCACGGAACUGCAGCAGCUUUUGAACGAAUCGCAGACCAGGAAGGUGACGUCAGCUCCAAUGGACCUUGAGACGUAUUUGCAGACGCGUGGAAUGCCCACCGAAACCCAUGGUGCAGGCUUCGAGCGACUUUUGCUCACAGAGUUGACUGCUAAAGUAGAACGGUUUCCUGACGACUUGGCGGAACUUCCUGGGAGUGAAUGCACCAGGCUUUGCGCUGUUCUCGUUCAAGUAGCCAGAAGGGAGCAGAGGACAUCUUUGCCGCCAUUCAUCGCAAAGAUUGUUCCAGCUCUGGUGGAACGUUUGCGCGCCCAGCUGGAAGUGUUGCACACUGAGGAGAUUGCAUUGGCAUUGGCAUUGUUGUCGGAUCUAGGCUACCGCGAUGACUACUUGUCGGACUGUUUUGCAGAAGCACUGAGAGCGCGUUUGCCUUUGAGAGAGGCAUCUGUGCAGCUCUUUUGCAAUGCCCUCCAUGCCCUGGCUCGACAGAGUGUGGCAGCGUUUCUGGAUUUGUUGUCGCCUUUGUUGCAGGACCUCGUGAGUCGCGACGAAGAAUUCUUACAGGAAGUGCAGCAGCUCUCCAACUCUUUGGCUAUCGGUCUUGAGAGGACUAGAGAUGAAAUUGAUGUGCCAGAAAGAUGGCUGCAUCAUGUACAUAGCUCGAUUCUUGGCCAGGAAUCAUUCGAAGAACUGAGCUGGGCAAUAGACCCUCAUCGUUUGCAAGAAGCUUGUCUAAACUGGCACCAGCUUCGGGAACGAUGGCGUGAGCAAGAAAUGACAGAACGACGCAGGGCUAAACCCAAAGCAUGGAUGCAGAAUGAAUGA